AUGAACUCACCAAAGGGGAAUAUUGGAAAGACCUCGAGAAAGCUCAAAACGAAACGACGAGAAGGACGAGAGAGACCUGGAAAAAGCACAACUCCCGAAACGGCGCGCAAGACAGAACGAAGCAGGGAUGGAAACAAUAGGAAAGAGGAGGAGGAGGAGGAGGGGAAGAAAGUUGGAGGAGGGGAAAAGAAGGCGAUGAAGAAAUGGAAAUCUCAGAUUUGA